CCUCGGGUCUUCGUGAUUGGUUCACCUUUCAUGUCCGUCAAAAAAAAGAAAAAAGAAAGCCUUGUGGGCGGGACUCAAACAAUCCACUCGUGUUCCCUGCAUUGUGGACUGUGCGCCACAGCAGACCAAGAGCGGGGCAGAGAGUAGUACGGCAGCGUUUUACCCUGUUACCGGAGGACGACUGCUCUUAGUCCCUGAGGUUUACGGCUGUUGUUGUCCCUGCGAGUCCGGUGAACCGAGUCUGCACCUUACCGGCGACGCAUUCCUGAAAACAUCCAGACUAUUGUUUUAGUUAUUUUUUUUUUAUUUUUAAAUUUUUUGUAUGAUUUUUGAGGAGCGAGGAUAUCUCAGAACCAACGCGGGGUCGUGAAGUCGGUGGUGUUAACCCCAUUUCCUAGAGACGCACAAAAAAAAAGAGACACACUUCUAGGUCCACCUGGAUAGCUGACAAAGCCUUCCGGUCCGGUUAGAGGUCCAGUGGGGAGACGGAGAGGAGAAAUACGCGCGGAAGACAGGAGCAAAAGAAACAGGAAAGGAGGAAGAAGAAGAAGACAGGAUGAAUCUCAAGAGCAAUUUGAUUUUCACCCUCUACACUAUUUAUGGGAUUCUUCUGAAAGUGAUGGCUUCAAAAGGCAAAGUUCGAGGUAUCAGCGGCCAGUAUCCUCUGGUUCAGAAUGUGACUGUGACAGAGGGCGGGACGGCGAACCUGACCUGCCGUGUGGAGUAUAAUGACAACACCUCCCUCCAGUGGUCAAACCCGGCACAGCAGACCCUCUUUUUUGGGGACAAGAAAGCUUUAAGGGACAACAGGAUUGAGCUCAUUCAUGCAUCGUUCUCGGAGUUAACCAUCAGUAUCAGUGAUGUCACGCUGACUGAUGAAGGCAUGUACACCUGUUCUCUCUUCACCAUGCCUGUCAGAACAGCCAAAGCCUACCUGACCGUUCUGGGUGUGCCAGAGAAGCCAGAGAUCGAUGGCCUGACAAAGCCUGCCCUUGAGGGAGACCAGAUCACUCUGACCUGCAUCACUCAGGGCAGCAAGCCCGCCGCCGACCUGCGCUGGUUCAGGAAUGAAAAGGAGGUCAAAGGUGCCAAAGAGGUGAAUGCAAGUGGGAAGACGUUUACAGUACGGAGCUCCCUGCAGCUGCGAGUGGACAGGAAUGAUGAUGGAGUGGCCUAUACCUGCAGAGUGGACCAUGUGGCACUCACACAGUCACCACAGCAGGCCACUGAAGUACUGGAGGUCCACUAUGCUCCUCGUGUGGAGAUCAACCCCUCCCAUGCAGUCCCUCAGGAGGGUCAAUUCUUAAAGCUGGAGUGUAUGUCCAAAGGAAACCCAUCGCCAGAUCCUGUGUUGUGGACAAAGGAUGGAGGUCAACUUCCUGACCUGGACAGGAUGAUUGUCGAGGGGAGAGAGCUCACCUUUAUUUCACUCAACAAGACAGACAAUGGCACCUACCGCUGUGAAGCUAGCAACCACCUAGGGACCAGCAGUGCUGAAUAUGUACUCUACGUCUAUGACGUCCCCACCACCCUGUCUCCAUCCACCACUCCCCCCCUACAUCCCAUCCCUCCAGAUCCUACUGCACUAUUAGGCACCCACGCCUCAGACCCCACAGUCACUGGCAACAGAGAUCCCAAUGCUAUGGGGCAGCAUGGCACUGACCAUGCCUUGAUCGGAGGAGUGGUGGCUGUAGUGGUCUUUGUCACCUUGUGUUUAAUCAUUGUUCUGGGAAGAUACCUGGCCAGGCAUAAAGGAACAUAUUUGACAAAUGAGGCCAAAGGAGCAGACGAUGCGCCCGAUGCCGACACAGCUAUCAUCAACGCUGAGGGCAACCACGCACACGCAGAAGAAAAGAAAGAAUACUUCAUUUAGACUGCAGAGGGAGCAAUGCAGCUCUCUCUUUCUCUCUUUCGGUCUCUGUAUCUCUUAUCCUCUCUUUCUGUCUCCCACUUUUCUUCUUCACCUCUGGCCACUGCCCCCCCCUCCCCUUCCCGUCGUGUCAACGAGGAACCCGCAGGCAGUCCACAAACAGAGAAGUUCCCCACGUGUUUUCCUGUUAUUUCCUUCAGUUGGGUCCAUUGGUGUCAUUUACAUCCUGUCCUUUAAUUCCUUCUUUGUUGUUUUUUCUUUAUGUUAUUCUUGGCAGAUGUUUUUCACAGGCAGCUUGCUGCAUUUUUCCUCGUCUUUGAUAUGAAUUUCUGGAAAUCUGUGUAUUUACCAUGACUGCUUCUUACAUGACCCCCUUGUUCGUCGUUUCUCCCAUUUGCCACCAGCCAGACGCCCGAACACACAUUAUGUCCCCUUUGUUCACACACGCUCACAAACACAUAUCAUAUCUCACAUCAACACGGUGCCUAAAAAUACAGACGCCAUUGAACUUCUGUCAAUGCCUUCAUGUAUCGUCUGUCAGUAGCAAUGUAAAUGCUUUGUAGAUGGUUAACUGGACCAUCCUUUCAUUGCUUAGCUCACAGCUUUUGAUUAUGCAUUGCAUCUUUUUUUAUUUGAAUGAAGAUCUGUGCUGUUUACGCCUUAUACAUGUCUGUCACACUGAUUAUGGUACUUUUAGAUGAUCCACCUCUCCCGACCCCAUCCCCUCGAAAUAGACUUGUAAUUAAACAGUUGAAUCGGGUAAGGUAAGAAGAAGGUUUCGUGUAACAUUGUAGCAAGGUUUGUCAGAUAAGUGUAAAAUAUGAUUUUCAUUAGGGUAGGAGUAAAUAAAGGGUAGUGUGGUAUUGUUUAGAGCAGAGAAUACACACCAAAAAUAUAUGAAAGAUACUAGAUGAAGCAUUCCAUCGAGUAAACUCAAUCAAGUAUAUACAACCAUUUGCUAAAUCUGCUGUCCCUAUGUACUUUUACCUGUAUAUUCCUGCACUGUCCAGGCUGCAGUUUAGCGAAACACCAACACCUUCAGUGUCAUCUGGACAGCUUACAGUAGUUUGUGAUUUUACAUAAAGGGUUCAGGUGUACAGAAAGAGUCAAUCUCCUCUCUAAAAGCUGUAUAAAUUGUACUGAAGUGAGUUUAGCAUUUCACUUUGAAGAAUUUCGUUCAUGUUUAUGUCACAUUGAAAUAACUUUUAAGGCUUAAGGACCCCGUGAAAUGUAAAACAAACCAUUAAGUGUUCAUGCAAGAUAAGAACAAGAACACGGUUACAGUGUGCGUAGGAAAUGUGGUGAGACAGUCCUCAGUUUUUCUGUAAUUCUGAUCGAUGCCUCUUGUAAGCUUGAGGUGCAGGCAGCUUUCCACAGUCCCUGGUUCAUCGGUAAGCAUUUAAUCACACUCUUACUUUCCACAAAUACUGCUGAUAUCAGUUUGACUUCUGUCCUUUUCUCUUUUUUUGUUCACAUUGCCACCUGCAAUUCUAUUAUUAAACAGUUUCUAACAGUUCGGUUAAACUGCUCUCAACCAACGUGGCACGCUUCUUCUUUCUGUUUUGUCGGAGUCACUCUCCAUGAACUGAACAUUGAUUUCCAUUUCAUGGGGUCUUCAAGCAAAAAAAAUAGAAAAAAGUAGAAAAAAAAGGGGAAGAAAAAAAAAAAGAAAUGGUGUGAGUGCUGGGUCACAGAUCUGCAGGGGCCUCCUUUCCAAAACUAAAAACUGAAGACAAAUAGAGAAGCACAAAAAUGUCUGAAUGAGUUACUGUGUUCCUUUGCCAACUACUAGAUUGCCUUGGGAAAAUGGGUAGCGGAAAGGCGACAAGGCUGUCUUUGAUUCAAUUCUGAACAAGAAAAAAAACUGCAGUUCAUCUUUUUGAAAAUGUAAGCUAAAUCAUGUUUUUAUAUUAAAAAAAAGUUUCUAAUAUUUUUGGUUUAAAUGGUUCUAAGCUCCCUGCUGUAUAUUGUGUCUGCUAAAAUGUGAUUGAUUGUGAAAAUUGCUGUUAAAUUCUGAAUUCCUGUAUUCCCUCAAAUUUGUAUAUUAGCCACCUUAUCUAUUUACUUUUAUUUUUUUCAUUUUUCAGUGCUUAAUCCUUAUUGGAAAAAUUUUAAAACAAAUGUAUUUUGUUUUGGCUCAAGGCAUGUAUAUAAUGUGUGAGAACUAAAUUUUGGUAAUACACAUUAGCAUGUUUUUGUUUGGUUCUUUUUCAUGUUUAAUUUAUUUGAAUUGAAGCUUUUUAAGCAAGGACCACAAGUGAAAAUAUAUUGGUAACUUAAUUUUAGAGAUCAGUGGCUUCUUGUGUUUGUGGCAUGCCCUUAGGUGCUACACAUCUGAAGGAUUUGGUGUUUUAGAAAAUAUGACCAAAAAAAGAAAAAGAGAACUUACUGAAGCAAAUCUGAAAAAAACAGAUAUAAUGUACACUGGCUGCUUGUCCAUGGAAAUGCAAGAAAAUGUGCAUUUGUCCUCACCAAAUCCUUAAAACACGAGUCGGAAUUGAAAUUAAGAUCACCAUUAUGUCGGUAGCAAGAAAGGUUCCACACAUUGAGACAAGCGCAACAUAUCCUAGUAAACAACUUUUGUUUCUUUUCAUACAUCCCUGCCAUUCGUCUUUGAUCAGUUUGCAGGAAUUUGGCUGAUUUACUCCCCUGUGAAACAGCGAUAAACACAUAAAGACUUAAAGGCAAGGCACUAAUCUACUAAGAGGGAGCAAAUUAUUACCAAGGGCAAUAAAAGAGUGGGCCCAGCUGUCUCCAAUUCGGUGGCCAAUUUACAACAUUAUGCAAAUAAGGUCAGCAAGUAAGGUCUUUCUCUAUGUGUUAUAACUCAAGCACUGUCAGAGUGAAUCACAAGUUGGGAACUGUUUGGUCGAUGGACUCAGUUUUCGCCUGUCUCCACUGGCGUAGGAUUUAGGUUGUAUAUUACACUUUAAAUAUAUGAAUUUCUUUGUUUUGAAAAUGCAGAAGCUUUGCCACAGUUUUACACUCUUUGUGCACUUCUCUCAGCAGAUCACGAUUUACAGUUUUAACUCGCCACAAACCUUCUGUAGGUCCAGACUAAAGUGUUCUAGACUGGCUCUGGUCUUUAGAAAAUCUUGUGUAUACGUGUGUAGAUACAUUUAUCACAAUGAUGUAAAGUCUCGUUCUUUUAUUUUUUGUUGUUGCUUUUUUUUUUUUUUUUUUUACUUUUCUAUCUAUACAUUGUGUCUUAAAUCACUGAUGGUGUCAAUCACAUUUUCUGUUUCUUGUCUCCUCUUUUUCCAUGUAGACUGAAUGAAUCUGUUGAUUCUUAAGUCAGAGGAACAGCUUAGGUUGUUUUCUAUUAGACGAACACUCAGAAUUAACCGGGUCUGCAGUGAUGAGUUGGCAUUAGAAAUGAAACCGGUGCCAUUUUACUGUAAUAUGCACUCGGACCAGUUUGAUGGAUAUUUCUUAGUAAUUGGUAAAAUGUGUGUUUUGUUUUCUGAACACCACAUGUAAAUAUUUGUUUUGACAUGAUGGUAAUGAGCUAAUUUGUUGCAAAUGGCUUUUUAUAAUCGUUAGACCAAACCUGAAUCUUGUUUCAUUUGUCAUUUUAACACCUUGGCACAUACCACCAUGCACUAUUUUACUACAACAGAAUCAGCUGUAGCUCCGUUCCAUCUCGGGUAUCUAACUCUUAGCUGGAUUUCUUUGUUGUUGUCGGUCGAAACUAAGCUUUAAACACGUCGUCUCCUUGAUCUCCAACAUACAUUGGUUUUGGUUAAUAUUCACUAGAUCAUGGGCCUCUAAUUUCAUUCUGGCAGCAAGACAGUAAUAGCGCCAACAUAGUUGCGGUGCCAUUUUAAUUGGGCACAAUUCCAUUUUCUGGGAUUGUGUGUGUCUCUAAUUUCCUGGCUCCAAACAAACCCACUUUCUUCAGCUGAAGGUGCGAGUGGUGCAGCCGAUGUUGUGCAUUUAUGCAGAUUAAGCAGAGCAAUACUGGCAGUAAUUUUGGCAUGAAAUUGCACACAAUUUAGUGAACAAUUUUCAUGUAGGUGGAGGCACAUACAGGCCAGUACAAAAUCACAAAAAGAGACCCUUAAUGCGUUCUGUUUUGCCUCUUUCAUUGUGUUUUUUUUUUUUUAAACCUAGCACAUUCAAAUGCACAUUAAAUGCAUAUUUUUACAUGUUGCUAAUCAGUUAACUGGAUGGGUGGUUUGUACUGUUUCACGUGUAGAUUGUAGGAUCAUUCUCUUUCAGCUGAUUAAAGCUGCAGCAGUGAUCGUAUGUGUGCGUUCUGCCUGGAUUAGAAAACAGACAGCAGCACAUUUUAUCCUACUGAACGUCACUGUUAGUGCACUGACAUCAAUGUACAUAUUGCCUCCUUACAGAAUACAAUCAUAUCACCAGAUUUCAGUGUAUCUUGAGAUGUCUAUUCAACUCUGAAAGAAACAUUGUGACUUACAUUUGGGGAGCUGUUUAUUUGUGCCUUGGCAUCUGCACCUCCAGUCGCUCCUUGACCCUCCUCCUGCCCAUCCGCUUCUUUUAAAAAAAGGGACGAGAAGCCGAUGUGAUUGGUGAUUAUUGAAGCUUGUCCAAACUCCACCUGCUGACACUGCACUGCGUAUUCAUCCUGCUACAGCCUUUUCACCACACUGCGCUGGUCCUGAUCUGGUCACACAGUUGUUCACACAGUUCACAUACACACAGAUUCACACACAUCAGUACGUUUGUCCCAAGCAAAUUAGAGGCCCAUAUUUACUACAAAAUAAAAGUCAGCUCCUGAUUCUAAAAGGAUGCAUAUGAAAGUAUUGAUCACUUUGAGUUAAAAUAUGUCUAAAAUGCUAUUUGUUUUUCUUUCUUUCUUUUUUUUUUUUUUUUUUUACAAAAAGUCAAAAGGUUUAUGGUUUUAACAGAAACCUGUUCUGCCUCUUCCUGUCCUUUAUCUCCUCCUCUGAUCCUUCAUAUGUCUUUGCUGUACAGUUUGGCUUCAGUGCACUUCUUUGUUCCUCUGCAAUAUUGACACUAGAAUCAAUCAGCCCAGUUGCUAUAUCGUCACACUGAUGAGAACAACAUGUGACACAAUCGCAUGUAGUGAUGUAUUUCUUUUUUUUCUUUCUUUCUUUUGUUUUGCAUCUCAGGAAUAUAUUUCAUUUAGGUUUUUUUUUUUAAUUUGUUUCCUUUCUUAAAACAGGGACUUGUGAGCACUUCUCAGUCUGCUCGUCCCUGUAUGCUGACACCAUGUAUUUGUUGAGUUUUAAGAUUAUCACAAUGUUAAUAAAAAUUAUUCGGUGAUUCUUCAAUAAUCCUGUCACCUUGCUGUCAUUGGAAUAUUAGACUCAAACGGUUUUUUGAUGAUCACUGACUUGAAAUACUCUGAGAUUUAGAAAUAUGCUGCAAAUAUUCAUGAGUUUCAAGAAUGAUAGACGGUGUGUUUUAACUGGAUCUAAUUUUAGCUUAUGAUAUGUGAGCACUUCAAUGCUUUUGUCCUCUAUCAUGUUUUCCUUGUAGCAACGCACAUCUUUACGUAUAUCGGUCUGUAGAUGGAAGGUGUUAUAAGGCACGAUCACUCACUAAAUACAAAAUAUCCACAGUAAAGCUCAGUAAAGAUCAGGAUUAGAGCUAGACAUACGUUAGUUCAGCUUCUGAUGUACCUUGGUGAAAUAAGGGGUUUCCUAUCAAGCCGUACUGAGAGAGCUUGAUUUGAUAUAGCACCAUAACGGAGGUGUUUCUCUCCCAUUGUCUGUGGGAUUUAUUAUAUUUAAUUUAGAGGUUCGUAUGUAUGAAAUGAAAAUUGUUGAAUAAAUAGUUGCCAAAACA